AUGAAUCCAGAAUAUAAACUUAUUUAUUUCAAUGCAAGAGGUAGAGCUGAACAUAUCAGAUUUAUAUUUGCAUAUGCAGGAGUAGAUUAUGUGGAUGAAAGAAUAUCACAAGGAGAUUGGCCAGAAUAUAAAAAAAAAAUGCCAUUUGGAACGGUUCCCGUCCUUGAAGUGAAUGGAAAAACAAUUGCUCAAAGCAAUGCCAUAGCAAGAUAUUUGGCUAAAAAAUAUAAUUUAGCCGGUAAAAACGAUUGGGAAUCAUUGGAAUGUGAUGUUUUGAUAGAUUCAUUGUCCGAUAUAAAACAAGUUUUAAUGCAAUAUAGAAACGAAUGCGAUCCGUUGAAAAAAGAAGAGAAAAAAAUUAUUUUGAUGAAAGAAACAAUACCAUUUUACAUGAAUAAAUUUGAAGAUAUUAUAAGUAAAAAUAAUGGAUUUUCCGUUGGUGAAUCGGUGACUUGGGCCGAUUUUGUAUUUGCGUCUUCCCUUGAAAAUUUCGAAUGUAUUUUUGGUAAAAAUGCAUUGGAUCGUUAUCCGGCACUUAAAGCAUUAAAAGAAAAAAUUUUUAAUAUACCUAAAAUAAAAGAAUGGGUACAAAAAAGACCGCAAACGGACUUUUAA